AUGAAGCUGCGCAUCCUUCCGAUACUCGUCGUCGCAUGGCUCAAAAUCAUCCAACUCAGAUCUGCACCCAUGAUGACGACCAUAAGGACCGCUCACACUAUACAGGAUAUUGCUGAAAUAGCCGAAAUGGCCAAAGCUGCCAAAGGUGCUAAUUCGGCAGUCGGUACUCUUCGCGAUGUUACCGAGUUGGGAAAAGGCAUCGAGACCGCCACUACCGCCGGAGUAGAUAGUGCCGACUUGUUUAAAGAUAUCCAGACUUCGUCCAGCUUAGGUCUCUUUAUCGAAAAUCCAAAUCUGAAUAAAACUGACACUUUCACUUCUAUUUCCCGUCAAAAAGCUCUGAAAACUCAGAGUACCACGGCUGUCCAAGAGAAUUCAUUGGUCGACAAAGUGUCGGGCGCCGGGAAUUCAGAAAAAUUUAAUCCAAACACAGUUGAAGGAACAAAAACCGCCGAAGCAGUACCCAAGGAAGGGUCUCCAGAAAUCAACCCAAGUGAAGUAAACAAGGAAGUGCCCAAGGAAGCGCCCAAUGAACUUGGAGCGGCCAGCGGUGAAGUAACCCAGGUCAAGGAUGCGUCGCUCUCCAAGGCUGAACUGGCUAACGGCGCCGCAGAAGAACACGGUAUUAUCAAACCUCUUUCUGAAUAUUCGGCCAGCUUCAUAAGGCAGGAAGAAUUGAAUCAACUCAUGACAAACCAGAUGCUUCUCCACAUUUCCAAGUAUAGCACGGGAGCACUACAAGAAUGGGCCAAGACCAAUGAGUACGUGCUAGAAGCUAUACAAUGGGAAAAAUCAGAAACCAGACUCGGUCACUUCCUGUCCAAAUUCAUUGUCCCUAAAUGGCGCGCCAAAUUUCCUGGGCCGCUGGCGCCUGGGGAAGUUCGGGAGCUAACCAACGGCCAAAAACUCUCGAAAGGAUGGAUGAAGUUAUGGAAAGGACAGUUUGGCGACCAACAGGGUGUCAGGCGAGGAAUCGAAAAUUCUCUCAAGUUCAUAGCUGCUUUGCCGUUUUACCCCCUCACAUUCAUGGGAGAAAUAGUUGGGAAGGUCCGAGGCAUGUACAACGUCAAGUUCCUAAACUGGCUCAAGCUCAACGCCCCAGACAACAUCCGUGCAACAAUCCCCAAUUUCGCCAUGGAAGGAGAAAAGGCCAAUCCAUUUCUCAUGCCCUCUGAAGCCAUCACACGUUCCUCCACAAACCCUCAGACACUCGAGACAGCUCAGACUAUCGGCCAUCCUGCAGCUGCAUCACACACCGUCACCAACACAGCUGCUUCCCACCCAGAAACGGGGAAUCUACUGGAAGCCGAUAUGAAGGUACCGCCCUUAAAAGACUUCGGUAACCAGAUCGACUCAUCUCACUUGGCGAUAAUAGAUCAACCUCAGCCUAUACCACUCCCCAGUUCCGGCUUCGAGCCCCCUCCAUCCAUUGGUAGUAGUACCCACAUAGAGUCACCCUCGUUAAACACAGCUUCCCAUGCAGACUCCGAGCCAGCUCUGGUGAACACCGGUACCGAGACAAAGUCGACUCCAUUAGAGGCCAAUACCAUUGGUAGUAGUACCCACACAGAGUCACCCUCGUUAAACACAGCUUCCCAUGCAGACUCCGAGCCAGCUCUGGUGAACACCGGUACCGAGACAAAGUCGACUCCAUUAGAGGCCAAUCUCCACACCGAGCCUCCGCCCUUAGAACCAGCUGGACGUCGCCCAGGAGGCGCUCAAUUCAUUCCAGAACGUAUCCGGCGGUUUUUUUCGAAGUAUAUUCCUAUCAGUCCAGUAAAUCCGGGAUCCACAGUAGAAGGCUGGAACAAAGAACACCAGGUAACUUCUGCAUCACAUUCAGGAAGUUCAACGUGA